CUUCAUCUUUUAUAAGUCCAGAUGUUUACAAGUACAUCACCAAACAGGCACUCACAACAGAAGGAAUGCCCGACUCCAAGUACAAAAAAGCUGUUAAAAAGAUAAAGCAAGCUUGUGACGAUGAAAUGUUGAGGGAGAUACUUGUCAGCGAUGAUAUGAUUGAAAUGCUAUCAGAGGCUGGAUACACUGGUGUACCACAUAAAGAGACAGUGCAUACUGUUUCCAAAAUUGCUCAGUCAAUUUGCGUAAUGGGCCACUUUUCAUCAGUUCUUCCUCAAAUUAUGCAAUUGCUUGAAGGCCUCAGCAGUUGUGGUCUUAUAAAUUAUAUGAUAGAAAAUCCAGAGUUGUGGAAGCCAUUGUUCGAUCCUUAUAACGAUUCGUUUAAACUUUCUGCUGAUACUUUCCUCAAUGAAAUUAUUCCAACAUUCAGCAGUUCGCAGAUUCACAAGGAAAAGGAGGUUGACGUGUACAAGAUAUUUUGCGACUAUGUGCAAACCCUAGAUACUGAAGGAGACGUAUCCAUAUCAGCGUUUCUGAAGUGGUUAUCGGGAUGUAAGACUAUUCCAGUUCUGGGUUUUCCAAAAAAUUUCCGUAACGUUUGUACAUGA